AGCUGGUAUUCGUAGUGACUGCGGACUGUUCAAUAUUCAGCCAGAAAGCAGGUGAAGUUGACUUGUCUGGCCAAGGUGACCCUCUUGCGUAGCCGGUGAAGGUACUCCGGGCACUAAUGGACUCCCCGGGGUGGAUACAGCCUCCUAGGGGAAGUAGUGGAGGGUUCAUUGCUUGGGUUGUUUAAAACGAGGCUGGGCCAAGCAGUGGGGAAUGUACCGUAGUGAUCAGUUCUGCAGUGGCUGAGGGAUCAUGGUCUAGGAGGGACCGAAAAUGGCUUUUCUAUCUUUCAUUCCCAUGAUGCAGGAACAGUUUCUUUUCUCCCAAGUCUGAAGAGAAAGAGUUAACUCUGUCUGCCAGCAAUGGGUGGGGAGGAGAAAGUGGAAACAGAGAUUCCCAGCUGAACUGCGAGACACCCCUGAGGGGAGGAGACAAGUUCUCUAACCCUGGCUAUAAAUCCACCAAAGGGCAGGCAGCUGCGGGUGAGCGUGUGGGAGAGCGAGGCCCGAGGAAAGGAAGGGAGCACUGCAGGAUUCUGGACAAACGUUGUUGGGAAACUUUCAGAGGAUGCUCCUGCAGGGCAACCUGUCAGCUCCCAAUGGCACAGGCUCUGAUCCAUCCGUGUUCUUCCUGACGGGAAUCCCAGGGCUGGAAGCUCUGCACCCCUGGAUCUCCAUCCCCUUCUGCUCGAUGUUCACCGUGGCCCUUCUAGGAAACUGCACCCUCUUGUAUGUUAUCAAGACAGAGCCCUCCCUGCACAAGCCCAUGUUCUAUUUCCUCGGCAUGCUGGCCGUCAUCGACCUGGUUUUAUCCACCACCACCGUGCCGAAAAUACUGAGCAUCUUCUGGUUUAAUUCCAGGGAGAUCAGCUUUAACGGCUGCCUGGUACAGAUGUUUUUUCUUCACUCAUUCUCCACUCUGGAGUCUACUCUGCUGCUGGCCAUGGCCUUUGACAGGUACGUGGCCAUCUGCAACCCCCUGUGGUACGCCACCAUCCUGACCAAUUCAGUGAUAGCAAAGAUCGGGCUGGCGGCUUUGGCCCGGGCUGUUCUCCUAGUGCUCCCUCUGCCCUUCGUCCUCAGGAGGCUGCCCUACUGCCGGUCCCACGUCAUCUCCCAUUGCUACUGUGAGCACAUGGCCAUGGUGAAGCUGGCCUGUGCUGACACCAGAUUCAAUAACGUCUAUGGGAUCAUCUUAACUGUCUUCAUCGGGGGGCUGGAUCUGAUGUUCAUCUCCCUAUCGUAUAUCAAGAUCCUGAGGGCUGUUUUAAGCCUGGCAUCCAAGGAAGAGCAGCUCAAUGCUUUCGGCACCUGUGUUGCCCACCUUUGCGCCAUCUUAGUGGUCUACACACCAGGGGUUCUCUCCUCAACAAUUUAUAGGUUUGGCCAGGGAGUCGCACCGCACGUACACAUCCUGCUGGCCAAUUUCUACAUCCUCUUUCCUCCCAUGAUGAACCCCAUCGUGUACGGUUUGAAAACCAAACAGAUUCCGAGGGAAAAGCUUCUAGGCUGA